CGCUCCGCCGUCUCCAAACCAGGACUCGCAUCCAUCUAUGAUCAUCUCUGCUCCUGAUGACACCGUUCGGGAUCUCAAGGACGACGCCUCGAUCAUCUCCACCGGCACCGUAUCGUCAUCCAAGUCAUCAUCCGAACAACUCCAGCGCGCCCGACUAGCCAAGCUCUCUCGCCACCUCGGGGAGGCCAUCCCCGAAGAACUCGUCCUCAAACCGGUAGUGGCGGCGGUCCCUUCAACGAGUUCCAAACCCGCCGAAGCAAGCCGCCGGCAGGUCACGGCAUCGCGUCCGCGACGCCCGCGUCCUGCGCGAAGGAUGAGCCUAGACCUGACCAGCUUGAUCAAGUCCUCGACCGCGUCCACCGCCGCUGCGAUCCCCACGCCUGCUAUCAACGCCACUCGCUGGGGCCUCACGCGGUCCAAGUCGCUGUUCACCGGAAAGGCGGAGACUCGUAGGACCCUUCCCGCGCGGCAGCCGCUCAGCACGGUGUUCAACCAGCAGUCCUCGUCCGACGUGAAGCUCGAGGCACCCGCAGCAGCCUCUAUCGAAACGACCUCGCACGAGCCCCUGUCUGAGCGUGACCGCGCGUUGAACGUGAAGCGCGCGCGCAAGAUGGCCCAGCUUUUUGGCUCGGACCCUCCGCCGGCGCUGUUCCAGAUCACGAAUCUCCACGGGGUACGGGACGACGCGCUGCUGACGCCGCUGUCCAAGCGCGGCUCGCUCGCCACCUUCGUCUCCACAGAAGAAGGCCUCCUUACUCCCGUGCAAGGAACCAACGGCAACAAGCGCGCUUCGUGGCAUUCGCAGACGAGCGCCGAGCGCAAACGGGCGUCGCUGAUCACGUUCGUGUCGAGCGCCUCGGCGGAGGACGCGCUGUUGCUCGCGCCGCUCGACGCUAAACGCUCGUCCUCGCUGCACUCGGCGGACAGCAAGCGCGCGUCCGUCAUCACGUUCAUCUCCACGCUGGACGAGGUGCCGGAACGGACAGCAGCCUCCCCCCGCGACCUCGCCGCCGGGCACGCCAACUCUUUCUUUUCGCUCACCAUCGACACCCAGGCCGCCUCGGCGCACGUCCCGUCCUUCGACGACCCGCCUGCUUCGGCCCCGUUCGCCAACACGAUCCCCCUCGCGGGCGCCGCCGCCGCCGCCGCCGCCGCCGAGAAGAGCUCGCUGUCGCGCGCGAACACGCUCGGCUCGCUCUCGGGGCGCUCCUCGCGCUCGCUCCGGCGCUCGGCCGAAUCCUCGUCCUCCUCCGCCGCGCCCGCGCCCACCGAGGCGUGGGCGCUUCGUCGGCGCGCGGCCAAGCUGUCCCAGUUCUUCGGCGUGGAGUACAACGACCUCGACCCGGCGCGCGUGCGUCCCGCGUCGCCGCCGCCUCCCGUCCCCCCGAUCCCCGCGAGGCCGCUCGAGAUCCCUGCGCCGCCCGAUUCGCCGCCGCUGGUCGACGUCGAGGUGCAGCACGUGGGCAGGCGGUGGGGCGUCAUCCCGAGCGCGUCGCGCGAUCGGGUGCAGGACAUGAACGACGUCCGGAACCGGUUGAGGCAGAUGCGCGCUGCGUCUUAGAUACGUAGCCGGCUCGUCGUCGUCGUCAUCAUCCGAUUUGGCCCUUCCCCCCCCCCCUUUUUUUUUCGCGGCUUGGACCCAUCGCGGGGAUGUGUUCUCCGUGCACGACGCCGUGCUGCUCCAACCC